AUGUUGCCGCCUGCUGCCGGUGACGGCUCAGGCGCCGGGUUCCAAGAGGACCUCAACAAUGUUCUCUGCUGUCCCGAUUGUCGGGAAAUUCCUCCCAACUUGGUUGAGGAAUUCUCCAGCGGAGACAUGGUGUGCCAGAGCUGCGGUGUCGUGGUAGGCACGCGCAUCAUUGACACCCGAUCCGAGUGGCGAACGUUUGCCAACGACGACCAGAACGGAGACGAUCCUAGUCGUGUUGGUGGUCCUCAGGACGAAUUCGUCGAGGGCCAGCAGCUGGCGACGUCGGUUGCCUUCUCCGAGUCGCGCCAGCACAAGAAUCUCUUGCGUGUGCAAAACAACACCAACCAGGACAAGCAGCAGCGGGGCCUCAUGCAAGCCUACAAAGAAAUUGUGUCGUUGUGCGAGGCCAUCAACAUGGGCCAAAACGUUUCCAACGCUGCCAAGCAUAUUUUCAAAUUGGUGGACAAGUACAAGUUCAUGAAGGGCAAGCCACAAGAGGCUGUGAUUGCAGGCUGCAUCUUCAUUGCCUGCCGUCAGAACAAUGUGCCGCGUACCUUUCGGGAAAUCUUCAACCUGACGAGCGUGAGCAAGAAGGAGGUUGGGAGAGUCUUUAAACAGCUGCAAAACUUUUUGCAAAAGCUGCAGGAUACGGAAGGUGAAGGCGCCACCGGUCUCAACACAGUCACAAACUACGAAAACACGUCAGUUGGCGCCGAGGACCUCUGUGGCCGCUACGUCUCGCAGCUUGGUUUCAAGAACCAGCAGAAGAUUUCCAAGAUUUCCCGGGAUCUUGCCGAGCAGGCCAAUGACAUUUCGGCGCUGGCGGGCCGCUCGCCGUUGUCAGUGGCUGCGGCAUGCAUCUACAUGGCCUGCCACUUGGUUGGCGAGCCGCGGGCGUCGCUACCCAUUGCCAAGCAAGCCGGUGUAAGCGACGGCACGGUCAAGACAGCAUACAAGCACCUGUUUGCGGCGCGUGAGCGUCUCAUCAAGAAGGAAUGGCUUGAUGACGGCGGCAACAUGGAUAACAUCCCUCAGGUGCAGAUCUAG